AGUUUAGUAGAGGCCCCGGUGGCCGGUGCUCACUGGGCUCAGGGCCAGUCCACCCGCUCAACGCGCUCUAGCCAGCCAUGCGUCCCGCGGCCGCUAAGGUACCCAAGUGGCUGCUUCUCGCACUGAGCGCUCUACUACCACAGUGGCCCGCAGCCAGUGCCUGGGAGCUCACGAUCCUGCACACAAACGACGUGCACAGCCGGCUAGAGCAGACCAGCGAUGACUCCACCAAGUGCCUCAACGCCAGCCUGUGUGUGGGCGGCGUGGCCCGGCUCUUUACCAAGGUGCAGCAGAUCCGCAAGGAAGAACCCAACGUGCUGUUUUUGGAUGCCGGAGACCAGUACCAGGGCACCAUCUGGUUCACCGUUUACAAAGGCCUUGAAGUGGCACACUUCAUGAACAUCCUGGGCUACGAUGCUAUGGCACUGGGAAAUCAUGAAUUUGAUAACGGUGUGGAAGGACUGAUUGAUCCCCUCCUCAGAAACGUUAAAUUUCCAAUUCUGAGCGCAAACAUUAAGGCACGGGGGCCUCUAGCACAUCAGAUAUCUGGACUUUUUCUGCCAUCUAAAGUUCUCUCUGUUGGCGGUGAGGUUGUGGGGAUUGUUGGAUAUACUUCAAAGGAAACCCCUUUCCUCUCAAAUCCAGGGACAAAUUUAGUCUUUGAAGAUGAAAUCUCUGCAUUGCAGCCUGAAGUAGAUAAACUAAAGACGCUAAAUGUGAAUAAGAUCAUCGCCCUGGGGCACUCUGGUUUUGAGAUGGACAAACUUAUCGCUCAGAAAGUUCGAGGUGUGGACAUCGUGGUGGGAGGACACUCCAACACCUUUCUCUACACAGGAAAUCCACCUUCCAAAGAAGUGCCUGCGGGGAAGUACCCAUUCAUAGUCACCGCAGAUGAUGGACGGCAGGUGCCUGUGGUCCAGGCCUAUGCCUUUGGCAAAUACCUGGGCUACCUGAAGGUUGAGUUUGAUGAUAAAGGCAAUGUUAUCACUUCCUAUGGAAAUCCCAUUCUUCUCAACAGCAGCAUUCCUGAAGAUGCGACCAUCAAAGCAGACAUUAACCAAUGGAGGAUAAAAUUAGAUAAUUAUUCUACCCAGGAACUCGGGAGAACGAUCGUCUACCUGGAUGGCUCCACUCAGACGUGCCGCUUCAGGGAAUGCAACAUGGGAAACCUGAUCUGUGAUGCCAUGAUUAACAACAACCUCAGACACCCAGAUGAAAUGUUUUGGAACCACGUGUCCAUGUGCAUUGUAAACGGAGGUGGCAUCCGGUCCCCCAUUGAUGAGAAGAACAAUGGUACCAUCACCUGGGAGAACCUGGCUGCUGUGCUGCCCUUUGGAGGGACAUUUGACCUCGUCCAAUUAAAAGGGUCCACCCUGAAGAAGGCUUUUGAGCACAGCGUGCAUCGCUAUGGCCAGUCCACCGGAGAGUUCCUGCAAGUGGGUGGAAUCCAUGUGGUGUACGAUAUUAACCGAAAGCCCUGGAACAGAGUGGUCCAAUUAGAAGUUCUCUGCACCAAGUGUCGAGUGCCCAUCUAUGAGCCUCUUGAAAUGGAUAAAGUGUAUAAAGUGACCCUCCCAAGCUAUCUGGCCAACGGUGGAGAUGGAUUCCAGAUGAUAAAAGAUGAAUUACUAAAGCAUGACUCUGGUGAUCAAGAUAUCAGCGUGGUUUCUGAAUACAUCUCAAAAAUGAAAGUAGUUUACCCAGCCGUUGAAGGGCGGAUCAAGUUCUCUGCAGCAAGUCAUUACCAGGGAAGCUUUCCUUUAGUAAUUCUUUCAUUUUGGGCAAUGAUCCUUAUUUUGUACCAAUAACAGGGAGUCUCCUUGUCCUUGAUGUCAAACUACAUUUUUCUUCCAGUGAUAUUCAUAUCUGCCUCUGGAGACCUGGCUUUGUAACAGCACUCAUCAUCCUCAAGGUUCCUAGCAGAUGUUCUUCACAAGGAAGAGACUGUAACAUCAUUUGUUGGGGCCAGCAACUCAGUGAGCAGAUAGAAAGUCACAGUGAACCAACAGGGUCCUUCUGGCAGGGAGUGGGUAAGGGGAAACAACUAGAUGUAGCUUGCAUAGCCACAUAACACAUCUGGUUACCAUUUCCCUUUCUAUUCAUUUCUAAUCCAUCAAACAAUUGAUGUUUACAUACAACUUCAUCAUCGCCAGCUCUGGUGGCACAUGCCUGUGGUCACGGCACUUGGCAGGGAGGAGAGGAUGGCUGCAAGUUCUAGGCCAGCCUGACAUAUGUAGAGUUUCAGGCCAGUCAGCUAGAUAUCAAGACUCACACACACAAACAAACAUUAUAAUUUACAAGUAGAUUUUUGUAGACAAGUCUUAUGAUAAGCUAAGCAGAAAGGGUCGACUUGUUCAAGGUCAGACAUCUCCAAAUAAUACAUCUAAGAUCUGUACCUGAGUCUUUUUACCUCAAGUCCAACCUCUCGCCUACUGUCAAGUCUCCUCUCUUCCUGCGGUUGGUCUCAGACAACAAAUCUGUUUCUGCCUUCCAUAGUACCCUUUCUUUUGGGCUCUUGUUGUCUCUCAGGUUUGAGAGAGUAGCUACUGGACAGGAUUCUUUCCUACAACACCAUGUGCCUUUGGUGAGUCAUAGACAAACUGUAUACAGCAGAUAAUAGAUUAGUCCAGGGACUGCAAAAGGCAGUCAGGGACAGGCAGGAAAGGGAAAGGAGAAUAUGACCAGGACUUACAGAAGAGAGUAGAUGGGUUCCAUAAACACUAGUUAAGGAGCAGAACAUGGCUCCAAAGCACAACACUGGUUCUUAUUAACUCCUGUGCGACUCCAAAAGCCCUGCCUCUCUCCUUCCUUCUUCCUCACAUGGAGGUGCCAUGAGAGAACUUCCUAAAAUAAACUGUAAUUCUCAACCUGCACCUGUCCUGUCCAAGAUGCCAACACGGCUCUCAUUCAAGUCACACAUGUACAAUCCAAUAUUCUGGAAGGCAAGAGUGAAUUUAAGAAGUGGUAUACAUAAAUGUUUGAAGUCACUGAGACUCAAAUCCCACACAACCACUGUAAGGCAUACUCAGGUCAAGACAUGAGAAGACCAGCAGGACAGUGAGCCCUAUGGGAGGCCCAAGAGAUACCCAGACUGAUGAAAUGAUCUGUGCCCACAGAACACCAGACCAAGACAGUCCUGUGACCAAGUGAGCAUAGUCAGCACUGUACAGUAGUUAAGAAUCCUUAACUAUAAACCAGCAGCUAGAUGUCUGGACAGGGAACAUGUUGGUUUCCUAGUGUUUACGAAUAUUAAGGACUCUUGACCCAAACCGUUUAAAAUUCCAAUCCUUUUAUGAAGUUUGUUGCAGUGAAACAAUGCCUUCAGUUCUUUUUGAAUGUGUAGAUUAGUUAUAAACAGAAAUGUCAGUAAGACUGUAAAAAAAAAUGAAGAAAGGUGCAUAUGAGGUAUAUUUUUAUGCUUGGCGAGUAAAUAAGGAGAAAUCUUAUAGCAUAAUUUUUAAAGAACAUUUGUAUAAUUUUUCUAAAUAUGUGUAUAUGUAUAUUUUAUGCAGCAGUAUUGAGAAAUGACCUUGGACUAUCUUGUAAUUGUAAAUUCCAAAAAUAAAGCUGAAGAUAUAGU